GGGUGGAAGCAGUUUAAGUUUUUUGCUGUUUGUUGCUGUGGUGUUUUCACUGCUAACUCAUUCAGUAGAUGGCAAGGCUUGCUUCUUUGUACAGCUAUGGUGGCUCUUUUGACUGGAGUCAUUUGAGUUCAGCAAGCGAGCGAGUGGGGUGAGUUUCAUUAUUGUGGUAUUUUUGCUUUGUAUCCAAACUAAUACUUUCAGCAGGUGGCAAAUUUUCUUUUAGAGCGAGUCUUCUAAGUUUUCUGAUUUUUUAUUUAUGGAGGUUGACUGGCUAGGAAAAUGGGAGAAAGACGGUUGAGAGUGAGAGGUAGAGCUUUGCUGUUGCUCAUGUGGAAGAAAGACGAUCACACAGACAGAGAUUCGACAGACGGAUGAUAAUCUCAUGAACAUGUGGGUGAGGUGCAACGAGGUCGAUGAGGGCGGCUUGGCGGAACGAGACCCUAAGCCCAAAACGAACUAAGGCGGAAUGCGACUUGGAGAUUUUUUGCGCGCCGCACAGCUCCAACGCGCGACGUCGAGCUUUACCACGCACACCGACAAACUCACCACCACCACCACCACCACCACUACCACCACAAUGGCCAAGGACAAGGACGUAAAGGUCAAGAAGGACAAGAAGGAGAAGCGCUCCGAGACCGACGGCGUCAAGAAGAGCAAGAAGGACAAGAAGGAGAAGAAGCAGCAGCCUGAGCAUGUCGCCGAGGCCCUUCUCGCCAGCCUGAGCGACACCGCCUCGGGCGCCGAGGCCAGCAAGGCCGUCGCCAUUGCCAGUCGCCCCAAGGCCGACGACAGCGACGACGAGCAGACCGAGCAGGUCAUCCGCGGCGCGCUGGUGCCCUUUGCCAACCCGCUGGCCGACGACAAGACGACCAAGAAGAUUUUCAAGAGCGUCAAGAAGGCCGCCAAGAACAAGACGCUCAAGCGCGGCGUCAAGGAAGUCGUCAAGGCCAUCCGCAAGUCGGGCACCAACCUGCCCAGCUCGUCUGCCGUCUCGGACCCCACGGCUGUCGUCGUCAUCGCCGCCGACAUCUCGCCCAUGGACGUCAUCUCGCACAUCCCGGUGCUGUGCGAGGACCACAACGUGCCGUACAUCUUCGUUGCGUCGCGCGCCGAGCUGGGCGCCGCCGGCAACACCAAGCGCCCCACGUCGGUCGUCAUGAUCUGCAAGGACCGCGGCAACAAGAAGGGCGACGGCAAGGGCGAGGACGAGGCCGACUACAAGGAGGCCUACGACGGCUUGGUCAAGGCGGUGCUCAAGGCCCAGCAGGGUGUCAAGAUCUAGAUUGCCGGAAAGAAGUCUUUGGAUCUGUUGUUUUGACGGGAAGGGAGAUGGGGAAGAGACAGACCGCAGGCAGGCGUGGAGUAAUCAGAUCCCGGUCUGGUGUCUUCUUUUUUUGUUCUCGGUGGUGGGCGCGAAGGGAGAGUACGAAAAAAAUUAGCCCCGAUUUUUUCGUUGGCAUGACACACGGCGCAUGAGGCGUUUAUUUACUCGAACGGAGGGG